CUAACUUACCUUAGUACUAAAGUUGAUAAUAACCGAAAUACAGUUUGUCAAAAUUAAACUUUUAUUUUAUUUAUUAUCUUGAAUAUUGAAAUUUGGUAAGCGGGGGUUUUUUGGGAUGAGAAAUCUAAAUUCGCCACCAAAACUGAUGUAUUACCCAGAGGGCGUCUAGUAACAUAAUAUAAAUUGACAUAUUGAUUGUUUCCCACCUUUAUGGCUCCAGUACACGUUGGGCCAACUAGUUGGCCAAUGAGUUGGGCCAAGUAAGAACAGUGAAUACAUGGUGAUUACACGUUGGUGGAGCUAUCAGUCUGCAUUAACCUUUCUUAGUGGAUAAACAAAAAACAAACUCUGAUUAUGGAUAUGGAUGUGGAGACUGUAGCAGCCGCCACAAUUAAUUUGUACAACUCGUUAAAUGCUUAUAGAAAAGUGUACCAAACAAGAGUGAUUAAAAAACAAUGGCGCAAACGACGGUGCUUUUACACCAAAAAAGUAUUAAAACACAACUUUAAAAUUAAUACUUAUAAACAGUAUCAGUAUUGUGAGAAGAGAAAACAAAUAUUUUAAACUCAACGACAACAACGUGUUCAUAACCAAACAGCUGUUUGGCAGAUCGCGCAAGUCCCAAAAAUCCAUUGAUUUGUGCACCAAAUACCGACAAAAUUCGGUUUGUAGACCAACGCUGACCGCCAAUCGCAAACUCAUGCCAAGUGGUCCUGUACACGUUGGCCCAACUGAUUGGCCCAACGUGUACUAGCCCCAUUAGACGUAUCAGAGGAGUAUGUCAACUAAAACUGUCACUGUGACAGUGGCAUUUCCCAAACUCGUUCGAUGUCAUGAGUAUAAUGUCAGUUUAUGAGUUACUAUCGCUAAAUUUAAUACCUCUACUAGGUUCAUAUCUUUUAUCUCACAACUUAAUAUCUUUUCCAUCUUUUGCUUUAUUUUGCCGGUUAUUAUUGCGCCCAUGACUGUAUAUUUUUCAAUAAAAAUUUUUGUUCUCUCAAUAUUUUUACUUAAAAAAAGGUAUACUACAUUCAUCUCACAACAUAACUCAACUACUGUUUUUGAGAUAAAUGCAUUUUAAAUCUGCAAUACAACAUAAUUUUUUUGCAUAAUAUCAUUGUAGCUAGACCCAAAAAAUAAACAAGAAACCAUAAUAAUUGUGCCAGUUCUCAUAUUUAUGUCAUUACAUUUUUGUAAAUUUUUAUGAUUUUAAAUUAUUUUUUAGGUGUAACUACAAAGAUAUUACUUAUGCAAAAAAUUAUGUUGUCUCGCAGAUUUAAAAUGCGUUUAUCUCGAUAACUGUUGAGUUUAGCGAGAUGAAUGUAGUAUAUACCUUUUUUUAAGUAAAAACAUUAAGAGAAUAAAGGUUUUGAUUCAAAAAGUAUGUAGAUGAGUGGGUAAUAAAAAAUAACAGUAAUAAUAAAUGGGCACUGAAAGGCGUAUUUGGCGCCCUCUCGGUAAUAUAUAAUUUUUUGUGGCUAAUUUCGAUUUUUCAUCCCAAAAAACCCCGCUCACCAAAUUUCGUGUUAUUAUCCCAUGCCUGUUAGGAAAUAUUCAAGAAUAAAUAAAAUAAAAGUUUAACUUUGACACCCUGUAUUUCGGUUAUUACUUAUCAUGUUUCGUACUGAGAUAUGCUAGAUAUACUACUGCCAAAUAACGUUCAACAAAGUAAAUCUACUGUUCCUUGCUUAGAAUGUAAUAAAAAGUUUUCAAAUCUGGGCAAUCUUAGACUUCAUGUGAAAAGGCAGCAUCCAGAUAAAUUAGACGAAAUAGCACCUGUUAACAAGAAAACUUAUGUGUGUUCCAGCUGCUCUGAAAGUUUUCACAAUUUAAAAAAACUAGUUUCUCAUAAACAAACUCAUAAUAAUGCCUUAACAAAAUUAAAGUGCGCGUUGUGUCAAUAUAAUAAUUCUGGUCGAGAAAAUUUAAUUUUACAUUAUAGGAGUGACCAUUUCAUUAACAUUGAAAAUAAUUAUCUGGAAUUUGAUACUUUUGAAGAUUUUGAAUCAUGGAAAUGCAAGGUUGAAGAAGAAACAUUCUCAUCAUUUGUAAAAAUGUAUGGUUCAAAGAAAACCAGUAACUGCACCACAACAAACUAUAGUUGUCAUAGGUCGGGUAUAUAUAAAAAGAAAGGGAUGAAUAUCAGGAAACUUAAAAUUCAAGGCUCAAAUAAAAUUAAUGGUUAUUGUCCUGCAAGAAUUAAUGUUAAAUUAAUGGACAAUGAAAAAUAUAUUGUCAACUUUUGUCAAACUCAUGUGGGACACAGUCCAGAGCAAGAUUUAGGCCAUCUCUUUCUAAGUAAAUCAGACAAACAAAAUGUGGCAGCAAAGAUAGCUGCCAAAAUUCCAUUUCAAAUCAUUUUGGAUGAAAUAAGAGAUUCUGUGUCCAACUCUCGUUUGGAACGGCUGCAUCUCUUAAAAAAAAAAGAUCUCUAUAAUAUUGAGAAGUGUUUCAAUUUAUGCAGUUCAUCAGUACGCCAUGAAAAUGAUGCAAUAAGUGUAGAUGCAUGGGUUAGUGAGAUGAAAAGUUCAGAAUGUGUGCUUUUCUAUAAACCACAAGAAACUAUAUGCCAAGAAAAUCCAGAACUACAAUAUGAAGAUUUUUUCUUGAUUAUAAUGUCAGAUGGACAGAAAGACCUAUUACUACGAUUUGGAGAGGAUUGCAUUUGUAUUGAUGGGACCCAUGGUUUAAAUGCCUAUGGGUUUGAACUACAUACCAUCCUAGUACUGGAUGAUUUGCGAGAGGGCUACCCAACAGCAUUUUUGAUAUCAAAUCGCAGUGAUUCCAUUGGUAUGAAAAUUUUUUUUCAAUGCAUUAAGGAAAGAGUUGGCAAGGCUAUUAAACCAAAAGUCUUUAUGUCCGAUAUGGCAGAUUUUUAUUAUAAAUCAUGGAUGCAGGUUAUGCAGCCAGCUGAAUUUAGAUUGUAUUGCACCUGGCAUGUUGACAAGGCAUGGAGAAAAAAUUUAGAAAAAGUGCUCAAUAAGGAAAAAAAAGUUCAGGUGUAUCAUAUGCUCAGGACAUUAUUGCAAGAAACUGAUUCCACUGCUUUUAAUCAAUUAUUAUUGAAUUUUCUGAAAUAUCUGAAGGAAGAUUCAGAUACCCUGGAAUUUGCGAUGUAUUUCGAGCAGUAUUAUGCAUGUAAAGCAGAGCAGUGGGCAUAUUGUUUUAGGUUGCAUUGUGGCCUAAAUACUAAUAUGCAUAUUGAAAGAAUGCACCGAACGAUAAAACACAUUUAUUUACAUGGAAAAUUCGUUAAGAGAUUAGAUAAGGCAAUAUGUGCUAUUAUGAAAUUUGUUAAAGACAAAUUAUUUGAGAGACUUAUUGUGAUUCACAAAGGUAAAGUCUCUACAAAAAUUAACGAAUUAAGAAAAAGGCAUGUUACUAGUCAGUCUCUUGAUCUGAAUAAAGUAAUUAAAUCUGAUAUUGGUUGGUUAGUGCCCUCUAAUUCAAGGAAUGAAAUGUAUACCAUUCAGAAGGUAAAAGAAAAUUGUCCAUGUAGGUUAGUGUGUGAAGAUUGCGAAGCUUGUCUACACUGCUAUACUUGUACAUGCUUGGAUUCAUGUAUAAAAUGGAACAUGUGUAAACAUAUUCACUUAAUUUGCAAGUAUACUCAAAUGGAUUUGACUAAAGAAAGUACCAUUCCAAACAUAAAUUUCUUAGCAGGUGAUGCUGACAACCUGGUGAUUGAAUGCGAUGACGAGAAAAGGGCUUUAAUAGGUGCGGUUAGCAAAAUAAGAAGAAAUGAGGAAAGUUCUCUGAAAGAAGCUAAGGAAAAAUUAAGUUUAAAGAUAACAGGGCAAAUAAAUGAUUUAGAGUCUUUCGACGAAUUAAAGGCUGUACAAAAAAUUGUAGUCCCGAUAAAACCCACCAUAGAUGCUAUAAGAAAUCAAAAAGAUAUCAAUUUGGGUUUUCCAUCCACACGCAGAAUAUCCUCCAAUAAAAAAAUAUUCCCUCAGAGGAACUUUUUCCCAACAAAAAAAAUAAAGGGAAAAAAAAGAUCAAAACUUCCAAAGCCGCAUCAUCAGAAGAUUGAAAAAUAAUUUAUUUUUUAUAUGUUAAUAUAAAAUAUAUAUUUUAAAAUAAAA